AAAAGUUUUAUAAAUUUCUUUAAAAGCCCUUUAUCCCACUCCGCCAAAGCGGUCAACACUCGAACCCUUUUCCCAGAAUCUCUCUGAUCACACACAUACUGAAUCACAACCCAAUAUAGAGAGAGAGAGAGAGAGAGAGGAGUUCACGGGGCAGGAAGAGAGAGAGUCAUCCGUUACUGCGGCAGCGACUAUGGUGAAAGACGCCUGUCGCUGAAGCAUUGCGCGUGGAUUUUUAGUGAGAGUGUAGAAAAGGGAAGCAUGGGUCACAGUUGGAUUCCUGAAGACGGUGGAAGGCUAGAGAGAGAAAUGCAGAAGCAGAUGGGCGGGUGUAUGGCUGGGUUCCUUCAGAUCUUUGAUAGGAAUCAGAUUCUCACCGGAAAGCGCCUCUAUGGACCCAAACGGCUUCCUUCCAUUUCUCCAAAGACCCCCGAAACAAACACCCGUGAAUCCCAGGUUGUGCCAGAAAAAGUGGGCGUACCGGAGCCUGAGAAGACCCCCCCACCCUCCACCACAAACAGCUCACCGCUCGUCGCACGAGUCACGCCGGAGAACGCGAGGGCGCCGCCAGUUAGCCGAGCUCAGUCGAUUCCCGAGCCUGCUCCCGACUGCGACGCCGGCUCGAAGAAGCCGCCGCCAAACAGAGACGUCCUCCCUCUCCCUCUCCCUCUCUUCGACUUCACUAACAACGCCUCCAAGCCGUCCCAUCGGCUCCGAGAAGGGCCGCGCCUUUCGCUCGAUAGUCGAGCCACCUUGGCCCACAAGGGGGGCCUCGAGAUCCGCACCGUCCACGUGUCCCCGAACUACAAGAUCGACGAUGGGGAGCAGCGCCGCUCUCCCAGCGUUGUGGCUCGGCUCAUGGGCCUUGACGCGAUGCCCGACUCCGGAGCGCAGGUGCCAGUGCCGAGCCUUCGCCGCUCAGCCUCCGAGACACGUGCGCGGAAGGACCCGACUCAAAUGGACGGCUGCUAUGGCACCUUGCCCAAAUCCGAAUGCUGGAGCAUCCCGAUUCAGCCACGCAAGGCACCAGAGAGUCCGCCGGAGACGCGUAGGACAAUGUCGUCGUCGCCGCCGCCGCCGCCUGAAAUCCGCCGAAAGAUACCAGAUAAUGGCCGGAAACCGGCGGACGAGGCCGCCCCUUGGCAUGUGCGAAAUAAGAAAGGGGGCACGUGCGAGGAGAUCCAGUUCCCUUAUGGCGAGGUCGAAAGGAGGCUUAGGCUAAGGGGAAUCGACGAUCCAAGUCGGGAUCUCGAAACCCUAAAGCACAUUUUGGAGGCGUUACGGCUAAAAGGUUUGCUCCACUCUGGCGGUCGAACAGGCAGACCAUCGGUUCUGAACUUCGUGACCGACCGGAGGGUAUCGCCGGAGAAACCGGCAACAGAGACUACAGGGAGGAAAUCACUUCCGAAUCGUGGUUUCCCUGCUAGUACGGAUGUCAGGAUCCGGAAGAUCAGGACGGAGGUUCCGGUUAGUGGCAACUCUCCGGCGUACGGUAGCCGGAGAAAUCCGGGCGACGAAAUGGGGUUGUCGGCGAGGAGAAGCCCGAGGAAAGGGCCGAAGGGCCGAGUAAAUGCUCCAGUUUCGCCACCUGGCAGUACAAGGAGGAGCGAGAAGGUAGAGGCCUCGAGAAGGAACGGCGAUGCAAGGGUAUCACCCGGGAGGACAGCAAAGGCGGACCGUCCCAUUGGUAGGAUGAAUAACUCGGCAGGCGAUUUGGGCGGGAGAUCGCCGAGGAAUAGAAGGAAAGCUGGAGAUGUUUGCCAGGUGGAGGUGGCAUCAACGGAGAGCAGCAGGAGCGCGUCGUCGCUAAUCGAAUCUGAGGUUUACAAGAAGGGAAGGAGCCUGCUGGAACGGUGCGACAAGCUGCUGCAGAGCAUAGCAGAGGUGACGGCCGAACCACAGCCGAGCCCAGUCUCAGUGCUCGAUUCCUCUUUCUACAAAGAAGAAGAUGGCUCUCCUUCUCCUGUCGGGAAACGAUCAAUUGAUUUCAACAUCUCAGAUGUUGAACCCACCGAAGAAGAAGACGACAAUGCUAACUCCACAAACCUACCCCACCUCUCGACCCAGGAAUUACAAGACUACCUCUACAUCUCACAAAUCCUCCAAGCCACAGGCCUCUUACAAAAUUCCUCAAAAUGUCCCUCUCAAACUGACCAAUCCCUGACCCCCGACCUCUUCGACUGCCUUGAAGGCCAGCGCCAUCAAAAGCACGAUCCAACCUCCACCCUUCAUCGACGGCUCGUAUUCGACACCGUAUCCGAUAUCUUCAAUAAAAGGCAAAGGCAGGCACCAUGGGAAUCAUUCUCUGGCCGGCGAAAGCCUGCUGGAAAAUGGCUUUUCCGGCAGGUUUGGUCAGAAUUUCGACGACUCCAGAAGAGGGGGCCUCGAGAUGAGGACGCAUGUGAGGCUGUCUGUUCGGCUCUGUUUAAGGAUGCAGGGGAAGUAGAGAGAGAGUGGACCGUUUAUAGUUCGGAGCUGUCUGAUGCUGUUCUGGAUAUGGAGAGGUUGAUUUUUAAGGACCUUGUGGGUGAGACUAUAGGGGAGUUAGCAGUGUUGGUUGGUGGGAGGACUAGGAGGCAGUUGUGCUUUGGAUAGACGGACGGACGGACGGACGGACAUCUCUCUCUUUCUCUCUCUACUUAUUUCUAUUUUCUCUCUCUUACUCUUUUUUUUCUUUUUCUUUUUAUCCUGAAUCACCAACUCCUUUCCCAUCUCUCUUUCAUUUUCAUAUUUAUAACGCCAAAUUCUCUCUUUCCUUGAUUUUUUUUUGUUUCCCUGUGAUCGAUCUCUCUCUCCUCUCCUUUGUCUUUUUUUAAUGGAUACCAAUCCAACCCACCUUUCCUUUUCCCUCUCCUUUCAGUUGAACUUCAAACAUUCUCUCUCUCCCCCCCCUUUCUCUCUUCAGGAAAAUAUAGUUUUGUUUUUGGGGAAGCCCCAUUUGAUGUAAAUUAGUAGGCAAAGCUUGUACUCGAGUACUUCGAUCAUUGGAGAGGAAUUUUAGUCUGUUUGCUAUUCUUCCUUUU